CUCGUAUCUAUCUAUCACAUCCAUCGACUCGUACUGUAGAUACUUCAUAUUCACAAUCCAGACAAUAUCACCAAUUAACCAUACCCCCAUCUCUUUCCUUACCCAAAAGAAAAGAAAAGAAUACCUAAGUUAACCACCACCACCACAAUGGCACGCAUCUUCAUCACCGGAUCCAGCGACGGCAUCGGCCACGCCACAGCCAAACUCCUCUCCGACCAAGGCCACUCAGUUGUCCUCCACGCGCGCAACGCCGACCGCGCCUCCACCACGCGCCAAUCCAUCCCCAAAGCCGAAGCCGUCCUUAUCAGCGACCUACGCUCCAUCUCCGAAACGAAGCACCUCGCCGCCGACGCCAACGCCCACGGGCCCUUCGACACAAUCAUCCACAACGCAGGUAUUGGCUACGGCUCCACAUCCAGCCGCGAAAUCACAGCAGAACACAUCUCAGCCGUCUUCUCCGUGAAUACCCUCGCGCCAUACAUCCUCACAUGUCUAAUGGAGAAGCCUAAAUCGCGACUCCUAUACAUGAGUUCAGAUAGCCACUAUGGCGGCGACGAGAGUCUGCGGAACGUGACUACGUCGCAUUCGUAUAGCGAUAGUAAAUUGCAUGAUGUGAUGCUGGCAAAAGCCUUCGCGAGACGAUGGGGUGAUGCUGUUCAGGUGGUGAGUAUGCAUCCCGGGUGGGUGAGGACGAAGAUGGGAGGUAGGAUGGCUCCUAGGGGGACGGAUCAGCCUGCGAAGAUAUUGGCGGAUUGGGCGGUUGGGAAGGGGAAGUUGGCGAGUUUGAAGAGUGGGACGUUCUUUACGACGACGAGAGGUGAGGAGUUGCCGCAUUCGGGGGCUGGUGAUGUCGGUAAGCAGGAGGAGUUGUUGAGGAUUUGUAGGGAGGUGUCUGGGGUGGAUGUUCCGUAGUAGAUAAGUAUGGUUCUUGUGGUUUACAAUUUACAAUGUAGUUGAACUAGGGGUGAGAUGUGUUAUUUCCUAUUUGGGAAAUAUGGCAUGUUUUAUUUAUGCUUCACUUUUUCUUUUUUUCGAGUUGGCUCCUGGUAGGAUGGAAGGAGAGACGAUCGCUUUUGAACAUCAAUAUAUGCGCGUUACAGAUUAGAUAUGUUUCUAAGAGGGACCGUGCCGUACAUUAUCCGCUUGAGUUACUUUGAGAGAUUU